AUGGCGAUGGAUGCGAAGGAAAUCGAGCUCAAGGCGAAGGCCCUGACAAAAGCAGCCACCCAGAACGAGCCCACAGCCAACAUCGUAUCACUGCUCAAGGAGCUGCAAACGGGAGUGAAGGCAACGGAGGAUCUGCUGCGGUCGACGCGCGUCGGAAUCAUCGUCAACAAGUUCAAGCAGCACAAGUCACCCGAAGUCGCCCGUCUAUCCAGCGAGAUCGUCUCGAAAUGGCGGAACGAGGUUAACAAACAAAAGGCCAGCGGGUCACCGUCCGUCAGCCAGCGUUCGAGCGGCUCGCCGCGCCCAGCACAGAACGGCACCGCAUCGCCUGCCGGGACAACCCCAUCGGACAAGUUGUCUAAACUCUCCGUUCCCCCAGACAAGCGGACGUGGAAGGCGGACGGUGUGGAUAUCAAUCAGACUUCGAACAAGAUCCGGGAUAGUUGCAUUGGGCUGAUGUACGAUGGAUUGUGCCUCAACUCGACCGAGUCGCCUCGGGCGGUGCUGUCCAAGGCCUGCGCGGUGGAGGCGGCGGCGUUCAGCGCUUUGGGCCCGGAGACCAAGGAACAGUACCGCACCAAGAUUCGCAGCUUGUAUCAGAACCUCAAGAACAAGUCCAACCCUACACUACGGGUGCGCGUGUUGUCGAAUGAAGUGACUCCCGAGCAGUUCGUGAAGAUGUCGCACGAUGAGCUCAAAUCGGCGGAACAGCGCGAGCAGGAACGCAAAAUCCAGAAGGAGAACAUGGAUAAGGCCAUGGUUGCGCAGGCCGAGCGCAGUAUCAGCACCAGUCUGCAGUGCGGCAAAUGCGGACAACGCAAGGUCACCUACACCGAGGCGCAAACACGCAGCGCAGAUGAACCGAUGACGCUGUUCUGUACGUGUAUGAACUGUGGUAAAUCGUGGAGGCAGUGA